AUGCCUGGCUAUCCACCUCCAGAAGCCCAAAUGAACGGCAAUUCACAGCCACAUGGGCUUCCGAUCCAUCCUCAUGAUCAGGGCGGACCGUCGCUGGCGCCCGCUUACCAUGAUGGAUACCAAGCGUCACCGGUGACUGGGGGACCGCCCCCGUACGGUGGGAUACCUUAUGGCCCUCCCAUGGGGCAGCAGGGUCUUCGCCCAAAGAAAGGGAACCGCGCCACACAGAGUGUUGCCCCUCAAAAGAUGGAUCGUGCGAAUCAACAAAUCCUUGACCAACUUGAAGCCCAGCAGAAGGACCUGAAAGACGUCAAGGAUGAUUUCAAAGACGUCAAAGAGGAUUUUGGAAGCAAGCUUGAGCGUAUUGAACAAAUUCUAUUUGCGCAAUUUCCAAACGCUAAGGCAGUAAAGCUUAGAGAGCAAACAGAUUCGAAAGCGGACGUCCAACAAUCACAGAAGCCCUUCAUCACUCCUAAAGAUCACAAAGUGGAUGACGCGAGUCCUCAUAGUUCUUUCCACACCAGCACAUCUGAGUCGAGCGGCAAAGAGAACCUACCUUCUGUCGAAAGGCAGAACGCCAUUCACAUUGAACACAAUACCGCUGCACAAAAAUUGUUUCGCUGGCCCUCGAUAUAUGCUUUGCUUCAAAGAUGCAAAGGAUUUGAUUUCUCGGAAGCUUUCGAAGACUACGUUUUCAAGACAGAAUUGAACAAGGGUCCGCUGCAUCUGUACGGAAGAGGUCAGGGUCCCGAUAACGAGACGAAUCGAUCAAGCCCAAGCAGCGUGGGCCCCAGCGCUGCUGUUGCAAGUCCAGCUACUAGUGCAAACAGCGUGUUAUCUGACGAAGCUUCCGACGCAUCGAGCCCAGCUUCUUCCAUUGACCUUAUAUGGGGCCAUGGAUUCAACCCAUUUGUUGGUGACUCCACACGGGAAAGCGUGAUGGGUGGGCUCUGUGCCGACAAUACUCCUAAGCUCGACUCGAGGACAGUCAAUAAUCUUCAUCAAAGUUAUUUGCAAAAUAUGCAAGUCAUGCAUCCAAUUCUCGACGAGAAUGUUCUUACCAAGAUCAUGGAACAAUUCAAGCGCCGGUACAGUGGUCCUGCUGAGAGUGGCUCGUCAAAGGCUGCGUUUGCAGUACCAGCUCCAAAUGCUAAUGUGGAUGCUUUGAGAGACUCUACGGGCUUUAAUAAGCCGAUUAAACGAAAGCAUUCCGAUCAGCAAUUCUGGGGAGAGGGCGGCACAGGGCAAGCUCCUUUAAACCCAAAGCCUAUGCUGGAGCGCUCGCCAACGACCGCCCUCGUAUUGCUGGUCUUGGCUUUAGGUAAGAUUUGCGACUCGCGUGACUGGCUACAAGGCCCUAUUGCAGUCAGUCGAAAGGAGCAGACCAACCCUACAGGCAUAUCAUAUGCUGGUAGUACUGGGACAGAUUCGCCGCCCCCACAAGCCAUCAGACUUUCACCAUCAGUCAACCCGGCUGCCUCACCAGCUGGUCUUGCUCGCAAUCACCUAAGCCCUCGCUCUUCUGUUAGCGAUCUGCCCCCGCGUCAGAAGAACCUCGACAUCAUUCCUGGGUUGGCAUAUUAUGCGCAAGCUACUGAUAUAUUGGGCAAUAUGACCGGCUCUCAUGACAUAGCAUACGUUCAGUGUUGCAUACUGGCUGGACUUUACGCUGGCCAGUUGGCAAACUCUGUUGAGAGUCUUGCAUGGAUACAGUGUGCAGCAAGAGGUUGCUCCAUAUUAGCUCGAGACCCUUCACUACCAAAACUCUCUACAGCAAGGCAGAAUUCUGUUCGCCUGGCUUUUUACACCGCCUCGCAAUUGGAAAGUGACAUACUUGCGGAGAUAGAUCUUCCACCAAGCGGUAUCAGGAAACUCGACAGCGUUCCAUAUCCCGACGGAUACUACCCAGAUGAUGUAGAAAUAUCAUCCGAUGAUCAAAGCAAGAGUCUCGUCAUGCAGUUCUACAGCUACCAGCUACACCUGCGAAAGCUCCUUGAUUGGAUCCAACUAGAAGUCUACCCGCCAGGUCAAGGACUGACAGAAUCUGCCCGAAAUGGCAACAUCCGUAUGGUCUUCAACGAGUGGUUAGAGAAGUGGCAGUCAAUGCUUCCCUCUGAUAUCAAAUGGGUGGAUGACGACAUACUGCCAAGAACAAUCAACGCUGCUCGACUUCGAGGGAAGUACUACGGAGCGCUUUACAUCAUCAAUAGGCCGAUGAUUCACUACGCACUUGAGCUUGAAGCCAAAGGAGAGCUCGACGCUUACAUGGCGGCUCGCGACGGCGAGCAGAGCAGUGGCAACAUGGGACCUCCCAAGAGCCCAUCCAACGGCUUCCUUGACGAUGUCAUAUUCUCUGCUAAGACCGCUAUUGAAGCGGCGGUUUCAAGCACUAUAGCGUUUGAUGGAGCCAUGGAUCUCAAGCGCUUGAUCGUAACCAAUAUCUUUGGGACAGCGCAUGCGCAAUUCGGCAACAUGCUGGUUUUAUCCGCAGUCUACAAGUCGAAAUAUCUUAAACGCUUCAUACAGAAUUCACGGAUGAACAGCACUCCGAAGAAGCAUAUGGAGCAUUUAUUCUGGCGGACGACCAAUUUUCUGAAUCGUUUGAAACCAAUAUCCCCAACUCUGGCGCAGGAUUGCAGCAUCCUGCACUCCUUGCGUGAGGUUGUUUUCGAGGGUGAUGAUGAUGAUCUCCCUUCGAAUCCAACAACGUCAUCUUCCUUUGGCUGA